AUGGCUUGCAACUUCUAUGCACCCGAGGAGAACAAACUCGCUUUUGUUAUCCGGAUCCGUAGUAUAAACGGAAUCCAUCCCCGGUUUCGAAUGAUUUUACAACUGUUUCGCUUGCGGCAGACCAAUAAUGGAAUGUUUGUACGAAUUAAUGGGGUUACACAUAAUAUGUUACUGAUUAUCGAUUCCUGCCCACCCAUCAAGAUUGUUCGGCACCUUUUAUACAAACGAUUUUACUGUAAAAAUAACGAAACCCGUCAACCAAUCACCAACGACUUGAUCCAACGGAAACGUCAGCGUUACGGGAUCCUGUGCAUAGGAUAUCUGGUACAUGAAGCCGUCAAAAUGCAGAAAAACUUCAAGCCAACUGGUGCAUCUAUGUAUCAACCCAUAUUGUCUCCUGGCACAUGGAAAUCCCAAUAUAGGUAG